AUGCUGUCAUCUCCUUCAGCACAGAAGAACUUGCGGAACCGCAGGCAGUCCAAGCCGAGGAUGCCAUUGCAGGCGAGGGACGUGAAUGUGACCUUUGAGACGGAGAAGUUCUCCUUCAAGGACAAGCAGUCCCCAGCUGUUAACAAGCAGCUCACGAGCAGCAAACGACACGAGCGACUGAUGUUUGACGACAACACGAGUGCGAGCCCGACGAAACGACCAAGAGUGCUGUACCGCGAUGACAAAGACUUCAGGAGGAACAUCACGCAGACAAGAAUGCUUGCUGAGCUCAAGGCAAAGUUGCGAGAGCGAGAGCACAUGAGGGAGGCGUCUUUCAACAUGACGGAUGCUCUCCGUGAUCUGAGAGAUACUUUCUUGGAGUGGAUCUCGACUAUCAAGAAUGUCACGACAGAGGUCUUCAACAUGGAGGACGAGACCUCCUCGGAGGACAAUGAGGAUGACUGGCAGGAAUACAGUCAUACCACUGAGACAGCAGACAAGGAAGAAAAGAACGAAAGAUCUGUAGAUUCGAAGCCUCAAGUCUCCUCCUGGCUCCCAAGGCAAGCUGAGGAGAAUCUCUGGCAAGAUGUGCAGGGCCGGGGGAAGCAGCGGUACGAGCUACACUCAGUUACCACCACCACCACCACCACCACCACCUCCUCCUCCUCCUCCCCCAAUAAGCUUAGGGGUGGAGCUGUCGCAACGUCCAGCGCUCUAUAUGAGGUGGUCGAGCAGGGAGCCUUCGAAUACGCGACAGGAGGAGCUCCCCUGGACCCCAGGAAACGCUCGAAGAUCGUCUCUGGCGGGCAUCACCGAGCCAGCCUUCGUCCUAAAGUUGAUCUCUCGCUCCAUAUCAAGGCCAAAUCUCCCGCAGGAGAGAGAGCAGCGUCGCCAAAGUCCUCUGUGUCUCCUUGCGUCCACUGCCAGCAGAAAUGCAAGCAGCAGGAGGUCGUGCCAAAGAUCUCUCCUCCUCCUGGCUUCCAGCGCAAAAAUGAAGAGGGCAAGAGCGCGCUGAUGCAGCUGUUCGAGCAAGAGGAUGCGGAGGCUGCCAUGACCCUGGCCUCCUCUCCUGCCAACAAGAUCAAACCGAGGCAGCUCAAGUCUGUUGCUGCCAACUUUUGUACUCGUUGCACUUGUCACGCGAACAAGUGCCCGCAGGAGAAGGAGCAGCAGCAACUCGUUCCAAAGAUUUCUCCUCCUGGCAAGAAGAACGAGCGUUCAGACAGGCAGCAGCACGCGGCUGCUCCCAAGGCCCCGAGCCCAGCGAGGGAGGAGAAACAAAUCAUGAAGCAGCCCGAGGAGGAGAAGACGUUUCAAGGGAGGCGGGGCGCAGGGAGCAGCCGCGUGCCGCUGCCAGGGGUAUUGAGCAAGCUGCUGGUUGUGCAGAGAGCUCAUGUCGAGAAGAGCACCAAGGACAAACUCGCCGAUAUGCAGAGGAAGCUCAACAGGAGGAUGCUCAAGUCCGGCAAGGGGGAGGGGGAGGACAAGGACAAGGGUGCCUCCUCGCAGGAUCUCAAGCUCAAGCAGUGGGUCGCGCUGCAGGCCAAGUCGAGGAAGAUUACAGAGGAGGAGUUCCAGCAGCUAGCGACGAAGAAGCAGGAGGAGGUGAAGGACCUGCUGACCCGCAUCCUCGCGUUUCGCUGCCGGCAGGGGGAGGACGGAGGGGAGGAGGAGCUGCAGGAGCUCACGAGCAGCUUCAACGACGCCUCCUCGUGGUUCGCCGGAGGGUUCAAGGAGGUGAAGGGGAGGCAUGCGGAGAACUGGCAGCAGGUGGAGAGGAAGAUUGAAAGCAUGAUGCUGUUCUCUGUUAUGGUCGCAGACAUGCGGGAAGGAGCAGGGAAAGAGGCCGAAGAGUCGCUCGCUGCCCUCCUGGAGGAUCCUUGGAGGCUUGCUGCGAGCGGGGAGGACGAUGAGAGGGUGGAGGGGCUGGUGAGAGCGAGGGAGGGGCUGGAGAAGAAGAGGAGGAAGUGGGGAGACGUGCGAGCGAAUCUGGAGAGCUUCCGCAAGCUCGGGCUGGAGCUGGAGGAGGCAGAGGUCAAGACUGCUCUUCGUCGCACGAUCUCCGAGAGCUGCAUGGCGGCCAUGAUGGUGGUGGGAGCGGCGAGGGAGGCGAGCGCGAGGAGCAGCGAAGUUGCUGGGGAGGAGGAGGGGGAGGGGGAGGCGGUGAAGGGGAGGAGCAAGCAGGAGAAGAUCCCCGUGUUGAGGGAGGAGGUGAAGAGCGCUAUGAAGCUCCUGCUGGAGACUUGCGAGUAUGUCGGAGAGGAGGGGAUGGCGCGAGAGCUUGCGUACCCCGUGAUGGCGGCAUGCCUGGGGGCGGAGGUGAAGUUGGUGCAAGAGAGCUACUCGAGGAGGAGGAGGAGGGGAGAAAAGGGGACAGAGGUCCUGCGGGACUUCGAAGGGAGCAUGAGACUUUUCCGGACGUUCGAGAAGCUGAGGGGUGUGUGCUCGGGGAAGAGGAGGGGAGAGAAGCUGGGAAUUCCCCAGCAGCUCUCCUGCAGCCUGGAGGAGGUCACCGACUGCCUCCUCCGGCACAUCCUGUCGGAGUUCGACGCCUCCUCAGCUGCGAGCGGGCAGGGGGAGGAGAGGCAGGACAAGGAGCUGAUCGGCUGGCUGGUGCUGGGAUGCAACUUCAUGAAUGCCGUCAUGAACCUCGUAGGAGAGAUGAAGGACGCGAAGUUGCUGUUUGCCUCCUGUCCGUUUGAUCCUUCUGUGAAUCCUCUUGUCUGUGCCUCCCUCCUCCUCAUGAUGAUGAUCAUCGAUCUCAUUCUUGUCUUGGCUCGCUGGCAGGUCGAGGAUCUCUUAGCUUCGUUCAUGAAGCUUGAAAGCAGAUUGUCCAAGUAG